AUGAUCUUUAUGUUAUAUAUUUUCUCGUGUAAGUGCAUUUCUGAGAGCGAGAGGUGUGAUGGUAUAGAGCAGUGCGUCAACGGUGUGGACGAGGCAAAGUGCCUUCAAAGAGGCUUUACAACUGAAGGUAUCUUACCCCCGGCCAUCGUGGAUCUUGACAACUUAGGCCAGCUUGUAGUGAAACCUCUUGACUCGCCGGAGUCCACUGUAUGUCCAGACACUCAUUUCGAGUGUCCAGGUGUGGACUACUACUGUCUGCCGGUGUAUCUGCGGUGUAACGGCGUGUACGACUGUCCUGGCUACUCAGACGAAGAGGAUUGCGAUACGUACACGUGUCCUGGCUUGUACCGAUGCCGCGCCUCGCACGUCUGCCUUCAUCCUCACCACCUGUGCGACGGCUUCAACCAGUGUCCGCAGCACGACGAUGAGCUGACGUGUGGUCUCACCUGUCCACACUCUUGCACCUGUUUCGGGCUUUCAUUCAUUUGUACCAAGGCAGUUACGCUUCAUGAAUAUCCCUCCUUGCGAUAUCUCGAUGCAAAGGGAACAGGUAUGACUCCAGCAAGUGUGAAGAACAACAGCCUUCUUAUUCACCUCAGUCUUGAAAACUGUAACCUGGAGGAACUAGAAGAUUUUUCCCUACCUAACCUCUGUAUUCUUGACCUAACAGGAAAUAAUUUAAGUAUUAUCCACAGUGGACAGUUAAAAUAUUUGCCAAAUCUUAAAACUUUGAAACUCUCAGGUAAUCCUUUAGCAUCUAUUUUCCCGCGAAGGUCUGUAAUACCCACUUCACACACCCGACUUCGUUACCUAGACUUGUCUGAUGUACGGAUAAGUACACUUGAUCCAAGCAGUUUUAGCCCUUUUCCUAAUCUAGAAGUCCUUAAUUUGUCUAAGACCGGUGUGGACAUUGUGUCUGGGUAUGGUUUUCAACUGCUUUUAAACCUACGAUCUGUAGAUCUUCGUGGAUGUCCAGUACAAGUUUUUUCUCAUGACCUGCUUAGGGGCCUUAACCUUCUAGAAACUGUCUUCACAGACAACUACAAGCUCUGCUGCCCAGCCAUGCUACCAGAAAACUUUAAUCUGGUUAACUGCCAUUCCCCUCAUGAUGAAAUAUCAUCUUGUGAAGCGUUGCUGAGAUCUGAUUUCUACCGGGCACUACUGGUGGUAUUCGCUGCCAUGAGUUUACUGGGUAAUGUCUGUAGUUUUAUCUAUCGCGUCUUUCUGGAACGAAACUCUAGCCAGUUAGGGUUUGGUGUGUUUGUCAUACACCUAAACAUGUCUGACUUUAUUAUGGGAGUGUACCUGGUGAUGAUUGGCGUCGCUGACCGUGUGUAUCAGGGUUCGUACCUGUGGAACGACAGCACGUGGAAGAGAAGCGGUGCCUGUCAGAUGGCCGGCUUUCUGUCUCUACUGGCCAGCGAGGUGUCUGCUUUCAUCGUGUGCCUCAUCACACUGGAUCGUUUCCUCGUCCUUCGCUUUCCCUUCAUCGGCAUUCACUUUAACAAGAGGUCGGCUCACAUUGCCUGCAUGCUAGCGUGGGCAGUAGGGAUAACUCUAGCCUCGGUUCCUCUACUACCCAUGACGUCACACUGGCAGUUUUACGGCCAAACAGGAAUCUGUAUUCCCCUUCCUGUUACCCGUAAUAAUUACGCGGGCCAUGAUUACUCAUUUCACGUUUUGAUGGGUCUCAAUUUCGUACUGUUAAUGCUGAUAGGUAUUGGACAGGCUUUCAUUUUCUGGUCUAUUCGUACCAACAGCAUGUCUAUGUGCGACAGCACCAAGAGAUGCAAAGAUUUAACCAUAGCUCGCCGCCUGAUCAGCGUGGCUGUGACAGACUUCUUGUGUCGCUUUCCCAUCGGGCUUGUGGCCCUUCUGGCCUCUCAGGGCGUGUCCAUUCCUGGUGAGGUCAACGUGGCCAUGGCUAUCGUAGUUUUGCCGGUCAACUCGGCCUUGAACCCGUUUCUGUACACGCUCAACACCUUACAGGAGCGAAGACGACGUCAGAAGGAAGCCAGACGAAUGAAGCUUUAUUUGUCUCAAAGCAACACGACCUCGGUGAGGAUUGCAGAAUCUAACGCUGAUACCAAAAAUAUGACAAUAAAAAUUCGGUAA